AUGUCGUUGAUAAUACCGGAGAAAUUUCAACAUAUCCAUCGUGUUAUGAAUACGAAUAUUGAUGGGAAUCGAAAAAUUCCAUUUGCUUUGACUGCUAUCAAGGGUGUUGGGCGAAGAUUUGCAUUCGUUGUUUGUCGUAAGGCUGGUAUUGAUAUAAAUCGAAGAGCUGGAGAAUUAUCUGAAGAAGACAUGGAAAAACUUACGCAAGUGAUGUUGAAUCCAAAACAAUAUAAAAUUCCAAAUUGGUUCUUGAAUCGGCAAAAAGAUGUGAAAGAUGGGAAAUAUUCACAAAUGCUUUCAACUGCUUUAGACAACAAGUUGCGUGAGGAUCUUGAGCGUUUGAAAAAAAUUCGCCUUCACAGAGGUUUGCGUCAUUAUUGGGGUCUUCGAGUUCGCGGUCAACAUACCAAAACUACUGGUCGUAAGGGACGAACCGUUGGUGUAUCGAAAAAGAAAGGCGCUUAA